AACUCGUGUAAAUAACGACUAGCCUGGGAUUUCCUUCAUCCAAUCUAUUUUCACCGCCACGUGUCGCAAAAGUAGCCACUUACCACGAAAAUAUCAAAAACCCAAAAAUAAUAAAUCAAUUAAAAUUAAAUUAAAAAAAAUUCCCACCACAUUCACUUCACUGGACACAAUUCCGAAACACUCAAAUAAACUCGCCCAGUUUCCGGCGUUCCGAUGAACGCCGAAACGUUUCUCAUCACAAAUUCACUUUCUCUCUCCGCUUCCUUAACGUCUCCGAAGCUUCCAGAAUUUAAAUGUCGUCGGCGCUUUUCUUUUCGGUUUCUCUGGCCGGAAAUUCACCGACCGCCAUCGAAAUUCCGGAAUUGUGUGACUGCAGAACUGCGAAACAUUUCGGGGAAAAGGAGGAAUUUCGGGAAGGUGUGGGCAGACGUAAAGCCUAAGCCGUUCGAGGUGUCUAGUGACUCGGCUGUCACUGAGUCAGUGAAGUUACGUGACGCGUUAAACGACGCCGUUUUGGAGGAGAAAUGGUGGGAGCACUUUCCCAGACGAUGGGUUAUUGUGAUUUUGUGCUUCUCCGCCUUUCUCUUGUGUAACAUGGAUCGAGUAAAUAUGAGCAUUGCAAUACUUCCGAUGUCAGCUGAGUAUGGCUGGAAUUUAACGACUGUUGGUUUGAUACAGUCUUCUUUUUUCUGGGGCUAUCUUCUUACACAGGUAGCAGGGGGUAUAUGGGCAGACACUCUUGGUGGCAAGGCUGUGCUUGGGUUUGCUGUAGUUUGGUGGUCUAUUGCUACAAUCCUUACUCCUGUUGCUGCAAAGCUUGGAUUACCUUUCUUACUAGUCGUCCGUGCUUUCAUGGGCGUUGGCGAGGGUGUUGCGAUGCCUGCCAUGAACAACAUGCUCUCAAAAUGGGUUCCAGUGUCAGAGAGAAGUAGAUCGUUGGCACUGGUGUAUAGUGGAAUGUACCUUGGAUCUGUAACAGGCUUGGCGUUUUCACCAUAUCUAAUACAUACUUUUGGUUGGCCUUCGGUUUUUUUCUCCUUUGGUUCUUUAGGAACUGUUUGGUUUGCAGCGUGGCUGAGUAAGGCAAGUAACUCGCCACUUGAAGAUCCUUCACUGCGUCCUGCAGAGAAAAAGCUGAUUCUCAGCAGCAGCUUAUCCAAAGAGCCGAUUAAGAGUAUUCCAUGGAAAUUAAUUUUGUCAAAACGACCUGUUUGGGCUCUGAUUGUGUGUCACUUCUGUCAUAAUUGGGGAACAUUUAUUUUACUUACAUGGAUGCCAACAUAUUAUCACCAGGUGUUGAAAUUUAAUCUUUCAGAUUCUGGUUUGCUUUGUGUUGUGCCUUGGCUUACAAUGGCAGUAUCUGCAAAUCUCGGUGGUUGGAUUGCAGACUCACUUGUGAGUAAAGGUUAUUCUGUGACAACAGUUCGAAAGAUUAUGCAAACAAUUGGUUUCCUCGGACCUGCUUUUUUCUUAACUCAGUUGAGCCAUGUUGAUUCACCUGGAAUGGCUGUUCUUUGCAUGUCCUGCAGCCAGGGAACUGACGCGUUCUCACAAUCUGGCCUAUAUUCAAAUCAUCAAGACAUAGCCCCUCGGUACUCUGGGAUCUUAUUAGGCCUUUCAAACACUGCUGGUGUGCUGGCGGGCGUCCUGGGAACAGCAGCCACUGGCUAUAUAUUGCAACACGGUUCUUGGGAUAACGUGUUCGAGGUAUCAGUUGGGCUGUAUUUGGUUGGAACUGUAGUCUGGAACCUUUUUUCAACAGGUGAAAAGAUCUUGGAUUAACCCUUAGUAAACUCAAUUUUACUUCUGCAAGGCCACCUCAAGGAAAGGCUAGUCCAAGUAUUCAGAAACAAAGUUCAACAUAAUAUUAAAUUAUAAAGAAAAAAGAAAGCUUGUUGGUAGGCCUAAUCUUCGUCUCAAAAGCUAAGGGAUGGGUGAUCACUGAUCAAGAUGAAGCUAAACACGGCUUUGAAUCUGUACCGUGAAAAGAUCCGAUUCAUUAUGCUACAGCUCCCUCGAAAGGUCUGUCACUAGCCGAAUUACUCUUGCAGAAAAUGUUUAUACAAUUUGCAGAUAUUCUUAUUGAUACGGCUACUUGUAAUUAAGAGUAAAUCUUAGAUCACACCCAAUGGCAGGAUUUAUACAGGGAGAUGAUUGUUAUUAUUGCUGUAAAUAACAAAAGAAUUAGAAUCUGUUUUGUACUGCCCCUGUCCAAAAUUAGUCUAUCACAUUAUCCUAA